GCGCCCAAAACUUUGAAAAGGCAAAACGCCACCUCUGUGUCUCUCCCUAAAGAGGGAACUUAACGUCUUCUGCUUCUCUCUCACUCUUAUCCCAUUCCUAAAAAUAGGAAAUGGGAUCAGAGCUGAUACCGAUGCGUGUGACGUAAGGAUUGAUUGCACGCUCCGACAUAGCAUGGGCUUCCAUUAGAGAGACAGAGAGUAAAGAGGCGGAGCUCUCAGCCAUGGCUACCGUGGCUAUAUAUGGCCACAUUUGCCCCUGUUCUUUCUACAACAACAACCCUAAUAUCAAGCCCCAAUUCACUUCUUCUCAUUCUUCUUUGCCGCCUUCUUAUCGAUUGCUGUCGUUAGGUUAUCGAGGGAUCCCUCAUAAUCUCUUUUGUUUCACUGGUCUGAAUAAUAUGUCGAAUAGUUCAAGCUUUGAAGCUAAUGCGCUUGGUACAACAGACAUAAAUGUUUUGACACCCAGUGGAGACGCGAAGUUUAGUGAAGAUCCUGAUCAUCUUCUUGUACUUGUUCAUGGCAUCUUUGCAAGCCCUAGUGAUUGGACAUAUGUAGAAGCAGAAUUGAAAAGGCGACUGGGAAGCAAAUUUCUUAUCUAUGCAAGUUCAGCAAACAGCUAUACUAAGACCUUUGGUGGAAUUGAUAGAGCUGGGAAGCAAUUAGCAAAUGAAGUCAUACAAAUUGUCCAGAAGACAGAAGGCUUAAAACGGAUAUCUUUUCUUGCACAUUCACUGGGUGGCUUGUUUACAAGAUAUGCAAUUGCUGCUCUUUACUCACCAGAUACACCAACUACUACUCAGCCUGACAAGCUUCCCAAAUUAAGAGAAGAAAAUUCGGUGAAAUCACCAAUUUCCACCGAACAAAAUAGGAUUGCUGGUUUGGAACCCAUAAAUUUCAUUACAUUGGCCACUCCACAUCUUGGUGUGAGAGGUAGAGGGCAGCUUCCGUUUCUCCUUGGGGUCCCUUUGCUGGAAAAGCUUGCCCCUCCUAUUGCACCUAUUCUGAUACGCCGAACGGGUUGCCAGCUUUUCCUUGCUGAUGGCAGGCCCAGUAAACCACCGCUUCUUCUCAGGAUGGCCUCUGAUUGUGACGAUGGGAAAUUUGUAUCGGCUCUUCAUGCAUUCAAAUGCCGAAUCCUCUAUGCUAAUGUGUCCUAUGACCAUAUGGUUGGCUGGCGGACAUCCUCUAUAAGAAGAGAAACAGAGCUUGUAAAGCCUCCUAAAAGGUCCUUGGAUGGUUACAAGCAUGUUGUAGAUGUCCAAUACUGUCCCCCCAUCCUAUCUGGCGGUUCGCACUUUCCCCCUGAAGCUGCCAAGGCCAAGGAAGUGGCACAAGCUGCACCCAAUAUCCAAAAUACAUCAGAAUACCACGACAUAAUGGAAGAGGAGAUGAUCCGUGGGCUACAACAGGUCAGCUGGAAGAAAGUGGACGUUAGCUUCCAUUCGGCUUUUUGGCCAUUCUUUGCACAUAACAAUAUACAUGUGAAGCAAGAGUGGCUACAUAAAACCGGCGCGGGUGUGGUUGCUCAUGUUGCUGACAGCCUCAAGCACCAAGAGUCUUGCACCUUCAUCACCGCGAGCCUCUAAAGCAUGCAUUUCAUCUGGGCUGUUUUCUGAUGUAACAUAAUGUAAAUUGAAUGUGUUAGCAGCAAGUGAAUAAAUCAAUUGGUACAUACAUUUUGGCGUAUAAUAAAUGAAUGCAAUAAUGCAUUGUAUGUUGUGCCAUAGAAUAUUGAAAUAUUCAAGCCACUCAAUGAAGAAAUGAAAAUUUUCACUCAA